AUGCGGCCAGAGACCAAUCUGGAAUUUCUAUGCUCACCCACUCUUGCUUACACUGCAUCUUUUUCAUUGUCUGUAUUUGUCUAUAUUGUCUGCUCGGUAUCCUCUGUAUCCAGUGUAUGUGCCUACCCUCAUCCUGUGCUCCCUGUCUCACUCUCAUCACUUGCCUCCUUCAACUGCUCUACGUCGGCUCUGUGCUGUACGAGUAAUCAUAAAACAAAGACACCACCCUGACACCUUGAGGGGUAGCCUGCAGGGAAAGACCGCAUUGAGAGACCGCAUUGGUCUAUUUGUCACACCGAAGGGAGUCUGCGUCGGCGGCUUUGUUGUUUUACCAACACCGAUAGACAAGUAUAUAAAUUCUUCUAUUACGCUUCGAAGACGAGAUAUCAGAACUCGCCACCGCCGUCAAAAGUAUAGACGCGCGCCCACGUCCGUCACGUCCGUCACGUCCGCCACAUCCGCCGCCUCCCAAACCCACUCUCAGCAUUCGUUGGAAUCGUGGAAAAUACGCUCGGCACGGCUUGAUACGCGUUUCGAGUUCGCAGCUGAAGCAUUGCGCUUGAGGGGAGUGUAGGCGGCACGAUGCGGACCCCACUGGACAAUGAUGUCCGGGGAUGGAUUAUGACCAUUGCCAGCGGCAUAGCCUGCGUUGUCGGCUCAAGUAUCAUCUGCAUUGACCUUCUUCUGCGCCGCGUACCAAGAUGGAAGGACUUCAGCAUACAUGACAGCAGUCUCUUUCUGGCAUGCUCGAUGAGUCUGAGCUUUGGCGUCAUGAUCUUCUCCGCGCUAUACAGCAUGCUGCCAUCAUCAAGGAAGUACUUGGAAAAAGCCGAGAUGUCACCUGCAAAGGCGUCCUGGCUGCUUCUGGCGUUCUUCAUCCUCGGAUUCAUCGGCAUCCAAAUCGUCUCCCGCUUCCUCCACCACUACAUCCCCUCCCAAGUCGUCGACUGCGACCACCACCACGACGACACCGCAAAACCGCGGGCUGGCCAUCGUCAGCCCGCGCGAAAACACGCACACCCCCACCCCCACGUCCGUCAUUCCCGCAGUCGUCAGCACUCCCACGGUCCACCACGAUCCCCGACACUUGGCGUGGCCAAGGGCACUGAAUCGACUCCCCUCCUAAGCGGCGCCUCCGUCCGCGCCAGACCGGGUCACGCCUUCUCUACCAAUGGCGGCCCCUCUCUCGCGCCCUCCCAACCCACCUCCAACCAACAAACGCCCACCGAGUCCUCGCGGCGCUCGUCCAUGGUGCAGGUCCAGAACCGCGUCAUGUCGUUCGUGCGCGAUGACAAGGCUAAUUGCGAUGAAUUGGGGCCUUGCUUCGGGUACUCCGAACCGUGUGGGCAAGAAUGCUUUAAGCAAUUCCUCGAUAUGCGGAGCCAGUCGCACUCUCGUCCCCCGACGCUGCGGCGCGUGCGUUCUCUCCGCCGACACGAAGGGGAGGACAUCGAGUCUCAAACAACCGAAGAACGCCACGUCUCCAGCGGUUCCGUGCACGGCCACAACCACGGCCUCGACGGCGCGUGCCUUACCGACUCCGACGACGACGACGAAGCCGAGCAAGAAGCAGCACAUCACCACCACGUGCCUGAAAACGCAUUCCUGAAUAUCGGUCUCCAAACCAGUAUCGCGAUAGCCCUGCACAAGCUCCCCGAGGGCUUCAUCACAUACGCCACGAACCACGCUUCCCCCGCCCUGGGCUUCUCUGUCUUCAUGGCGCUAUUCACACAUAACAUCACCGAAGGUUUCGCCAUGGCACUCCCCCUCUACCUCGCGCUCGGCUCGCGCGCGAAGGCUAUGUGUUGGAGUUCCAUCCUCGGCGGCGUGAGUCAGCCCUUGGGUGCGGGGAUUGCGGCGUUGUGGUUUAAACUCGCCAGGCACGAGGACCGCGGUCAAGGAGGGGUAGGAGGGCCCGGGUUUGCGGUGUAUGGAUGCAUGUUUGCGGUUACGGCGGGGAUUAUGACGAGUGUUGCUCUGCAGCUUUUUGUGGAGGGGUUGGGGAUGUGUCAUAGGAAGGAGCUGUGUAUUGGGUGUGCGUUUUUGGGGAUGAGUGUGCUGGCGAUGAGUAAUGCUUUGACGGCGCAGUAGGGGCGCUUUGGGG